UUCAGCUUUACUCUUAAACCAUUUUCAUCUCAAGCAAGGAGCACUGAGCACAACUUAAAGCGCUCUGAACAUAACUACUGGACUAUUUCUCUCAUUCUUAUGGACAGACUGGAGACUCGAGGUCAGCCGGUUGAUGUUCAGCGACUGUGAAUGAAGAUGAGUUUCAGUUAGUUCAUGAUGGAUCACCAUCACGAUCUCAAAUGUAAAAUAGUUGUGGUCGGAGACACUCAGUGUGGGAAGACGUCUUUGUUAAAUGUCUUUGCCAAAGAUUCCUUUCCAGAGAACUAUGUUCCUACAGUGUUUGAGAACUACACGGCCAGUUUUGAGGUGGACACAUUGAGAGUGGAGCUUAGUCUUUGGGAUACUUCAGGCUCUCCAUAUUAUGACAAUGUGCGGCCUCUUUCUUACCCGGAUGCUGAUGCUGUUCUCAUCUGUUUUGAUAUUGGUCGACCAGAGACUCUGGAGAAUGUGCUAAGGAAGUGGAAGGGAGAAAUUGAAGAGUUCUGUCCUAAUACCAAAAUCCUUUUGGUUGGAUGCAAGUCAGACCUGCGUGCAGACCUGGCAACAUUUGUACAGCUGUCCAAUGACAUUCCUUCAUCAUACGACCAGGGUUCAAACAUGGCCAAGCUGAUCUCGGCCCCUUACAUCGAGUGCUCGGCACAGCAGUCCGAGAACAGCGUGAGAGACAUUUUUCACAUAGCCACACUGGCCUGCGUCAGUAAAAAUAACAAGAGCGUGAAGCGCAUCAAGUCCAGCAGAGCCACCAAGAGGACCUCGCGUGUAUCCAGCAGGCCAGAGCUGGACUCGCAUCUACACAAGACCAAGGCCAAAACCUGCACAGUCAUGUGAUUUCAAAAGCCAUCCCAUCUGCAUGCAUUUCUUCUAAUAUCAGGAUUCUUUCUAAAAGUCCACCGGGGAAUUAAUGGGCGAUGAACCGAAGGGAGAUAUUUUGCACUUUGCUAGUAUUCUCGAUACGUACUGAACUGAGUCAGCGACAUGUAUUAAUAAUGAUGAAGCAGUCUAUUUAAAAGCACCUCAGAGCAUUUUUUUAGCCAUCUUUGAAAACCUAAAGCAGGGAAAACCUCUGUGUGUUACUGUGUACUUUGUAGAAAGCCUCCAAAGAUGAUGGUCCUGGGGAUUUUGCAGCGUAACCCAGUUUGUGGACGUAAUUAACUCGGAUUAACUUGCUAACCUCAGACCUGUCCUGCACCAAAAACAAAAAUGCUCUCAAUUAAUGUCACAGAUAUACAUUGUUGGUUGUUUUUUCUUUGUGAGGGAUUAAUAUGAGGCAAUAAACGAAGCAUAACUGUC